UCCCGCCUCGCUCACGAGCCAAUUCAUGAAUCGAAGACUCAAAUCGCCACUCUGAACUCACGAUUCACGAAUCAAAAUCUCAAACUCCACUUUCGGCUCUCGAGUCUCGCCUCUCGCUCUCGCUCUCUCGAGUCUCAACUAUCGAUCGACGACCGCUCAAAAUCUGAAUACUCGUGAGUUGUGAGUUGUGAGGUGAUUGCAGACAGUGGUUGCUGAAAUGGAGGCUCAAUUCUUUCGGUUUCUGAAGAUAGUCGGGGUUGGUUUCAAAGCUAGAGCGGAAUCAGAAGGACGUUUAUUGUUUCUGAAACUGGGGUACAGUCAUGAGGUGGAGUUAUCGGUGCCUCCUGCUGUUAGAGUAUUUUGUUUCAAACCCAAUAUCGUUUGUUGCACCGGAAUAGACAAGCAAAGGGUGCACCAGUUUGCUGCUGCUGUUCGUAGUUGUAAACCCCCCGAGGUUUACAAAGGCAAAGGUAUCAUGUAUGUUGAUGAGGUUAUAAAGAAAAAGCAGGGCAAGAAAUCAAAAUAACGUCACUUUUUUAUUUUAUUUUUAAUCAUCUUUUUAAAUAUAUUAACUGUUUAUUUUAGAUAAAUUAUGAGGAUACAAAAUGAAUAAUUGUACUUUGACAUCUUUUUUAAAGAUAUUUCUUUCUUGUAAAUUUUUUGCUUUUUGAGAAAA